UCAUUUCCCCCAAAUCCCUCACUCAAAUUUCCCAAAAACCCUCAUUCAAACAAAAAGCCCCCUUCUCCCAUCUCAACCCUAAUCUAUUACACACCAAAAGCUUCAGUUUCCCUUCAAUGGCGGCAACAAUGGCAACCAUGGCGAUCCUCAACGCCAAAUGCUUCACCCCCAACAAAACCCCACUCCUCCCCUCAAAACCCACCAGACCCAUCUCCCUUCCCAGUCUCCCAUUCCCAACCAAACCUUCCCUCGCCGGUACCGCCAUCGCCGGAGCAAUCUUCUCUACAUUCAGCUCCGGGGACGCUGCCUUCGCUGCCCAACAGAUCGCCGAUCUAGCGGAGGGCGACAACCGGGGACUGGCUCUUUUGCUGCCGCUCAUCCCCGCGGUGGCUUGGGUUCUGUUCAACAUUCUUCAGCCGGCGUUGAAUCAGAUUAACCGGAUGCGUACGGAGAAGGCGGUGAUUGUAGGGCUGGGUCUUGGUGGGCUGCUGGCGUCGGGGCUGGUGGGGACGCCGGAGGCAAUGGCGGCGGAGGCUUCGAGCGAUGGGCGGGGACAGUUGCUGUUGAUUGUGGUGGCGCCGGCGAUUGCGUGGGUUUUGUACAAUAUUCUACAGCCGGCGUUGAACCAGCUGAAUCGGAUGAGAUCGGAGUGAAAUGGUGAUGGUGAUCCUCAAUUCACUUGUAAUUUUAAAUGCAAAUAUCUCUUCUGCUUUAUAAAUGAAGCGUUCGAGUCUGAAACUAAACUUGAGUUUCUUUUUCCUUUCUUUUCUUUUUUUAGUAUAUAUAUAUAAUCAAUCUUCAUCAA